UUUGAAUUUUAGUUUUUGUAAUUUUUGGAUAUCAGAAAUUUGGGCUGUGACCGUUUGGGCUACUAUUGACAAGUUGGGCAUUUUAAGCCAUUGACCUUUUGAAUAGUGGCAUUUUGUCUCAUUGGCAUUUUGAAAGUUUUGGAGUUUUAUGAUUUUACCUAUGUGUACUAUAGAGACCGGACUGGGAGUGUCGUUCGAGAAUCGAGAUCUCGAAAAAUUCUCCAUCUCGAUAACCGUGAUUUUCGAUCGAGAUCUUGUCUCUAUUCAAUUCCGGUCUCUAUUCAAUUUUCUUGUAAAUUAAAAAUGUAUGGGGAUUUAAAAAUUAAAGCUUUUUCAAUAUUUUAUGUUUUAAUUUUACAAUUUUUUUUUAUCUUUUAAUUUUUACAAUUUUCUUCCCUUUCCCUUUUUUUUCUUUUCAAUAUUUUUAAACCUCAAUGUUUUUGCAGUAAAAAUAUUUUUUUUUCUAUCCAAUUUUGUGAAUAUUUUGACAAAUGACUUGGAAGCUUUAGGAAAAAAGAUUUUUUGCUUUUCCUUUUAUUUGUUUGGCAAUUUGCCUUCUUCUCCUCUUUUUCUCCCUCGAAAUGUGCCUGAUGGCGUUAGAGCCUCCCCUCCAAACUAUUAAUUUACUGGAUAAGAAGGAGGAAGAAAAGAAAAGCUAUACCAACCACUUUUCUGAAAAUUUUAAGAAGAAAAUUAAGAGGAAAAUAAUAAGAAAGGUUUAAAAACAAAAGGAGAGAAAAGAAGUUUUGUUAAAGAUGACAUUUUGUCCCAAAAAAAAAUAUUUUUUAAUGUUUAGGCUUGUUUCUGUGAAGCUUCAACAGAAUAUGGAUAAAUAAUUUAAUUAGUCGUUAAUUUGUAAGUGUGGUGUAGGUGGUUGUGCUCUUGAAUUUUGUGUCCUGUUUGAUAAUGGUUCGAUUCCGUUAGGUGUCCUAUUAAUUUUUCCACACCGGAAUAAUGCUUCAACGCCUUAAAAGCUUUUUAUUUAAUGCUUUGGUAUACUGUAUUUUAUUUUUGUGGAAGCUUGCUUCAAUUUCUGAAAGCUGUUUAAGCUUGGUUGGUGCUUCAAGUUU